UUUGUAUUGCGCGGUGAAAAUAUGAGAUUGGUUAUGUCUUACAUUUAACAUGUACGCUAUGUGAACUGUGCGUUGGUGUGUUAUAACAGCGUGAUUGAAGAUAAUUGGAUAUCAGGAAUUUAUUAACCACUCCGCUUCCACAUAUUAACGGUGCAUUUGGAAAUAUCGUUGUUCAUGUGAAAUUAAGCUUGUACCCGGUCCUGUGGUUAUGACAGUAAACAAUUUUUCCAUACAAUGAAUAUAUCUCAGAAUGACAUAUUGCGGACCAUUGAUCUACUCGAUCAGUCUGUAAAUAUAAGCCGCAAGCCACCGGCGCGCGAGAGAGAAAAUGUAGCAAGGAAACUGCUGGAAAGCUUUAGGAAAGAUCAUUCAGAGUUCAGUGUGCUGUGUUCACCACAUCAAAGAAGAGUUACAGACCUGUCUGUAACAUUAGCUCAGUGUGACGUCACUGCACUGCACAGCACUACAAUAAGAGAAGAAUCUGUUUAUGAAGUUAACUAUGCUGACAGUCUCUACACUUUAUUCCUGGAGUCUCUGCAACAACAUGCAACUGAGAGGAGGAUUUUUGAUAUAGUGCUUGCUUUAAUUCAGAACUGCAAGCAUACAAUUCAGCUGAUAACUGAAAACUGGAAGAGGAAGAGGUCAAAGUUGAGUGUAGAGGAAUUGUCAUGGCUUACUGCUGAAAGGAAUACUUGGCGCCUUGUUUACUGUCUGUACCAGAAUCGCUUGAGUUCUCACGACCGUGAAAUGAAAGUCGGACCACCAAGGAAACUUAGUGAGAAAGAAAUAGCUGAACAGCUGUUUGAAAAUGACCCAGUGAUAAGAGAGUAUCAACUUGUGGUGGACUGGCUGGAACAGAAUGCAGCAGAUGAUAAUGUAGAAGACAGAAACAAAGCUGUCAUGAUACAUUACUUCACAGACAAGACAGUGAACUGGGAAAAUACUAUUCACUGCUUACAGAAUAAAGAGCAAGACAUACCGUACAGUGGGCCAGAGGAUCUUGUCACAGAAAUUGACCCAGAUGCCCCCUUUCGGCAAAAGAAGAAACUGCACCCCCUUGAUGAGAAGGAUGAUUAUCGGCUAGAAAUGGUAAUGUUCAACAGAAUUCGAAGUGGUUGUUUGGAUGAAGCACAGCUGUUAUGCAGACAGUGUGGCUGUUUUUGGAGAGCAGUACUGUUGGAAGGUUGGCGUCUGUAUCAUGACCCAAAUUACGAUGAGACACCAGUUGAUGAGGAGACAGUAACAGAAAAAAAACCGACUGAGGGAAAUUAUCGCAGAGACUUAUGGAAGUUGAUGACUUGGCAAACUAUAGAAACAAAACAGCUGCGUCCAUACAUGAAUGGUGUUCUGGGUGUGUUUUGUGGACAUCUAAAAUCAUUAUUGGAAGUUUCUAAGACGUGGGCUGACAUGCUGUGGUCUCAUAUGCGUGUAGUUGUUGACAUAAAAGUUGAGAAGGAGAUUCGUGCUGCUGCUUCAAGGAAGUAUGAGCCAAUGCCAGAAGAAUAUUGGGCUAACAUGAAGUCUGUGAAAGAAAUUUUUUCAGAGUUGGCAUCAAGUGAAGACCCAAGUAUUAAACUGACAGCAAAUGAACCUAUGUGUGUGGUUCAACAGAUGCUUAUAAUGGAUGAAAUAGCACUUCUGAUGGAAAAAAUAAGUGGCUGGAUUUCCAGUUGUGACCCACAGUUUCUGCGCUUUCUUGCCCAUCUUGUUCUUUUCUUUAGGAUGGCUGGUGUGUCCAAACGUGAUGAUAUUGGAGACUUAGUUCUUGUGGAAUAUAUAAAGGUGCUGAUAGGAUGGCAGCAGCCUUGUCUUGUAGCCUAUUAUGCAUCUCUCCUUCCCCAAGAUGACCAGAUAACAUUAUAUUCUGAGUUCUUGCAAAAAAUUGUGGACCCAGACUUACAACUACAGUGUUUGGCAGAUGGUGAAGAUGCAGGCCUAGACAUAUGUGCAGUCACAAAGACAACUGUAGAGAAUAUAAGGAGGAGAGCAGACUCAGAAUUAGAAUUUGGACUGCAACAUGAAGAAACGUCGCAAGAUACAGAAAAGGUGAAUGCUCUAAAUUGGCUUGUGGUGUACCCAGAACAACGAUUUGAGUUGCUUUGGCAAGCAAAUGCAAUAAUACGGCAAUUCAUAGCAUCAGGCAAACUUGAAAUAGCCCGUAAAGCUCUGAAUAAGAUACCUGGUGAUACAAUAGAUUUGCUCGUUCGUGAAUACAAUGCUUCAGAAACAGUAAAACUAUAUUCAUAUGCUGAUGUUAAUACACUUUUGCCAGCACAAGUUGCAGAAACUUGUAGAGAAUAUCUUUGCAUUUCAGCUUAUUUAGAUGCCGAAGAAGUAUUCUCUAAUUGGAUCGAACAUUUUUAUAAUGCUCGACCAAAGCCACCUGCGAAGCCUGGAGUACAUGCAAAUUUUGCUGAAAAGGUUGCAUUUGAACAACGAGAAAAUAUCUACAAGGCUGAAAUGGAACGUUGGAGGACAAUAAUGUUGCAGCAGACUAAAGCUGUUAAAGAUAAAUUAAUGAACAUUCUUACAUUUCCGUCUGGAGGAUGGAUGGUUGAUUCGGGUCCUUUAGAUAGGUGGGAGGUAGAGGAAGACGCCAUCGAGGAAAUUAACCUGCGGAAACAACAGAUGGACUGUCUGAGACAGCUUUGCAUCCCCAAGGUUGUCUUAUUGCUUCACACAUUACAUCAUAAAAUGGGAGACUACAGGGAGUGUAUACAACUUGCUGAUCUUGUUGUUGACGAACACUAUGGAUUAUACAAGGUGUAUACUACAGAAGGACUUCAAGAUUUACUUGCAAAAAUAUGUGAAUCAUCUCUGGAACUCCUUCAUCAAAAGAAAGAUCCGUGGGGCCUACCUAUUACAUCAUAGUGUCCAUAAAAAUUCAAUAUGUCAUACACCACUGCCUCUGCACUGGGGUUGGUACUACCUCCAUUGCAGAACCCUAAUGGAACAUAAAGACCUCAUAAAAAGUCCAGUGCCAAACAAAGUAUUAAUCAAAAUGUGUAACUUUUGUAACUAAGCAAUAAAUUAAUUUUUUUGAAA